AUGGAUCCUCAGCAGCGUCAUUUGCUCCAGAUUGCCUACCAGGCUGUUGAGCAAUCUGGAUACUUUCAUUCGGCCAAUCCAGACAGACAGAUUGGUUGCUACAUGGGUGUGUGUGCCUGCGACUAUGAGAAUAAUAUUGCCUGCCAUGCUCCCAAUGCGUUCUCAGCUACGGGAAACCUGCAAGGUUUCAUCGCCGGCAAAGCCAUCAUUACCGGAGAGUGCACUGCUGCCCUGGCCGGCGGCACACAUGUUAUGACGAACCCGCUAUGGUUCCAGAACCUUGCUGGAGCGUCAUUUCUCAGCACCACUGGGCAGUGCAAGCCCUUUGACGCCAAAGCAGAUGGCUACUGUAGAGGUGAGGGUAUUGCAACUGUUUUUCUGAAGAAACUCUCUGCUGCCGUUGCCGACGGGGAUCAGAUUCUUGGGGUUAUCACGGCCACUGCUGUGCAGCAGAACCAGAAUUGCACCCCUAUCUUCGUCCCCAACGUGCCAUCACUUUCCGACCUGUUUCGUGUCGUGGUGAAGCAAUCUCGACUACAACCAUCGGACGUGACUGUGGUUGAGGCGCACGGCACCGGAACUGCUGUUGGAGACCCGGCUGAGUACGACAGCAUUCGAUCAGUGCUAGGUGGCUCGAGCCGGGAGAAAACGCUUGCUCUCAGCUCCGUCAAGGGCCUAGUUGAAGCGGAUGAUCCCACCCCAGGCAAGCUUCACUACCAUUAA